UGGUUUAGGUCCAAUAGGCUACUCUCAAUUUUUUUUUUUUCUACAACACCAAUUUUCGGUGGCAUCGCAUUUUUUUAUUUCCUUUCUUUCAUUUCGUCAUGUCAACUCAAUCGACUGAUUCACAACGUGAAGCUACACCUUCCCCAGCUGCUUCCACCCCUGCUGCUCCCACUAAAGCAGUGCAAGUGAAGCUUGUUUUGCUUGGUGAAGCGGCUGUAGGCAAAUCCAGUCUAGUGAUCCGCUUUGUCAAUCGUGAUUUUCAAGAAAACAGAGAACCCACCAUUGGAGCUGCGUUCUUAACUCAAAAAUGCAACGUCGAUGACCGUUCCAUCAAAUUCGAAAUCUGGGAUACCGCUGGUCAAGAAAGAUUCCAUAGCUUGGCACCCAUGUAUUACCGUAAUGCCCAAGCUGCGGUAGUUGUAUAUGACGUUACUAAAGCCGCUUCUUUGGAUAAGGCAAAGUCAUGGGUUAAGGAACUACAGCGUCAGGCCAACCCUAACAUUGUUAUCGCUUUGGUCGGCAAUAAGCUGGAUUUGGUGCAGCAAGCAGAGGAGGAAGAUGAAGAUGCUGAAGAAGGCACUAGCACUGUCAGACAGGUGCCUCAAGAAGAAGCUGCUGCUUAUGCACAAGAAUCCGGCCUCUUGUUCUUUGAGACGAGUGCACGAACAGGUGAUGGUGUAGAUCAAGUGUUCUCGGAUAUCGCCAAGAGUAUUCCUCUCGAACACAUCUUAGCGUCUAGCCGUGGUUCUCGACAAGGCGGAUCCAACAAUCCUCGCAUUGACUUGAUGCGAGAAGGUGCCAAUGGGGUACGCGCUCCCGGCGAUGGCUCCAACUGCGCUUGUUAAACAUCGUCUUCUUUUACACAUCUUGUAUUCUUUCCUUAUCCCCUUUUUCUCCUGCUUUGCUUUGCCUUGCCAUACAUUCAAAUAUUAACAGCUCUUUUAUAUUCCAAUUCCCCCCUUCCCCGCGUCCCAUACUGCUAUAUGGAUGGAUCAUAAUCUCCGUAUCUCAUACAAAUACUUUUUUCUUUUGUACGAUUGCUUCCCUUUUUCGCUGCGACAGUGACAAACAUACAUGAGAUAAAAUCACUCUAUGACACACAGUAGUGCUCCGUGUGAAAGACUCUUAGGGCCGGUACUAUGUUCAUAUCAU